CAGGUAAUACAUACGCCAUCACGUAAUACAUACGCCAUCAUGGUAAUACAUACGCCAUCAGGUAAUACAUACGCCACCAGGUAAUACAUACGCCACCAGGUAAUACGUACGCCAUCAGGUAAUACAUACGCCAUCAUGGUAAGGAGAAACGUAUCGGAGAAACUCUAUUUUCUCAAAUGACAAUAAUGUCCCUUCUCCUCAUAGUACUUUGUGGCUUGUCCCUUCUCUACGCCAUCCAACUCAUGGACCAUUCCCAGCGCACUGGGCAAGAUACCACGGAAACGCAUCACCUGAUGAUGUCACCUAAGCGUAUGAUGCACUUUGGAGACAUUGAGCCCGAGCGCGGGUAUAAUCUUGGCUCCAGCCCUCCUCUAUCAUGGCCGGUAGAAGGCGCCAUCACCUGCAAGAAUCUAUCCCUUAGUUAUCAAAAAGUAGGACCUAAGGCUUUACAUAAUCUUUACUUCGAGGUGAAACCUAGAGAGAGAAUAAGUAUUGUAGGAAAGGCCGGAGCGGGUAAAUCCUCUCUCGUCGCUGCUCUUUUCCAAAUGCCGCCGCCUGAGGGAGAGAUAUCUAUAGAUGGCCAUGACAUCAAGUGUCUUUAUUUACAAGAGCUACGAAAGCAUCUAUCUGUAGUCCCACAAAAUCCAUCUAUCUUCCCUGGAACUUUGCGUUUUAAUCUUGAUCCUAUAGGAUCCUUAGUGGAUGACGAACUGUGGAGAGUCCUGGAGAUUGUGCAGUUACGAGAACGCGUGGAAAGACUCCCUGAUGGUCUAGGGUUUCGUGUGAGCGAGCACAAGAUUGAGCUAAGUACUAGGGAGAAACAGCUUCUUUGUCUCGCUAGAGCUCUUCUACAAAACAAUAGAGUAGUCAUCAUAGACGAGGCCUUCGAUGAUGACGUCAGUGCAAUCAUGGAAGAGACGGUACGGACUCAGCUCCAGGAGUGCACGGUCAUCACGAUUGCGCAUCGACUAGGCACAAUCAUGGCUAGCGACAGGGUUAUGGUAAUGAGGGAAGGUAGAAUAAUCGAGUUUGAUGAACCGGAAAAACUGGCUGAGCUUGAUGAGGGGGAUUUUUCAGAAAUAAUUAUGAACAUCUCAUGAUGUCAGAGUUAUCCAUUCUCCAUUGAUAUCAAAGUACCUUCCUAGCUGUGCUCUCAUUACAAUUGCCUUAGGCCUGUUCACAUGUGAGCCCCUUGAAAUUCCUCGCAAAAUAGUUUGGUUCCUUUCUAGCCUCCCUCGCUGUCGUUCUGGACCCGUUACGGUAGGAUGCGCUUCAAGGGAGACUAGGUUUCCUACUGUAUGUUCUACUCGGGGCCUCUAACGAUCGAUACAUAAAAAUACUCUGCGAGAACUAAAACAAUAGUCACUAUAAUAUAGCCUCAAAUUAUUAUCGCGAAUAAAAGAAAACUAUGCCA